CUCUGUCUGAACUGCCAGACCCAGCGACUGAUGUCUGGAGGUCUCCGGGAUCCCUCUCCUGUAUCUCAUCCGUCUCCAAAGCACCAACCAAUGGGUUCUCCACGCCACCAGGCACUGGCCAGUCAGCAGCCUGUUCAGCAGCCACCUUUCCAAAAAUUCACCAAUCAGCAGCAGGAAGGGCCGAGACAGAUGCAGCCGCAGCAGCAGAAGCCCCAGACAGCCCUGGGGAGCGGACCUUUUGAACCAACUGCAGCGAAGCAACCUGGAGACACAAAGGCACCUGUCCAGGCCACACCUACACCUGCAAUCGAGCCCCUGAAACAACCAAAGGCCACGGAAGAGACUACGCCAAAACCAGAGAAGUUGGUGGAACCCGCCAUAGACACAAAACCGACUCAGAAGAAGGAAGAGCCAAUCACACCAAUAAAAGAGAUAAAGAAGUCAAGAUAUGAUGAGACCAAGAACAGCACUCAGGACCUGUCGCGGAGCCCCCAGAGCCUGAGCGACACGGGCUACUCCUCCGAUGGCAUCUCCAGCUCCCACAGCGAAAUUAUCGGCCUCAUCCAGGAGGAGGAGAUGAAGCUGAGCGAGAGGGGCAUCAGCGAGCGUGGCAGCCCCCCCAGCCCCUCCGAGAUCACCAAGCUGGAGAGCUCCAUGAGGCCCCUGCUGGAGUGCAAGACCGUGCCAGUUGAGGAGAGUGUGCGCGAAAGGGGCCGAGGCCGGCACCACCGAGAGCAGAGACCCCGGUCGCUGUCCAUCACCCCGGAGGCCUAUGACUCUGAUGAGGAGCUGGAGGACAUUGUGGAAGAGGAGGAGGAGGACGGAGGAGACUGGGAGUCCAAACAGGAGCACAAGAACAGUGCCGCUCCCAAAGAGGAGAAGAAAGUGGCCGAGCCGGAGCCGAUGACAGAUGAGGAGUUCAUGAGGAGGCAGAUCAUGGAGAUGAGCGCUGACGAGGACAUCGAGGAAGAGGAGGAGGACAUGGAGGAGGAGGACGAGGAGGACGAAGGCUACGGCUACCAAAAACCUAUAAAAACACACAAGCACAUCUCAGAGUUGACGAAAGAGAAGCGCCGCCUCUCUCACCAGUCCAGCAGCUUUGAGGAGGACACCAAAAGCUCCAGCGACAUCUACAAAUGUUCUGCGGAGGAAGGAGAGGAGGGGGGUCUGGGGGGCCUGCGCCGCUUCAAGACAAUCGAGCUCAACAACACCAACAGCUACAGCCGCGACAUGGAGCUCAACAACGAGAACGACCUCAGCCUGGACCGAGAGCCCGAGUUGGAGAUGGAGAGCCUAACGGGGUCUCCCGAGGAGCGCUCCAUGGGUGACUACUCCUCCACCCUGCCACCCACCACCUCCAGCUACAACUCUGGCACCUCCCCCACCUCCAUCUCCUCCAUGGAGGAAGACAGUGACAGCAGUCCCAGUCGCAGGCAGAGACUGGAGGACGCCAAGCAGCAGAGGAAGGCCCGCCACCGCUCCCACGGCCCCCUGUUGCCCACCAUUGAGGACUCCUCAGAGGAGGACGAGCUGAGAGAGGAGGAGGAGCUGCUGCGGGAGCAGGAGAAGAUGAGGGACCUGGAGCAACAGAGGAUCCGCAGCACGGCCAGGAAGACCAAAAGAGAUAAGGAGGAGCUGAGGGCCCAGAGACGCAGGGAGAGAUCCAAGACGCCCCCCAGCAACCUCUCCCCCAUCGAGGAUGCCUCCCCUACUGAGGAGCUGCGACAAGCUGCGGAGAUGGAGGAGCUCCAUCGAUCCUCUGCCUCAGAAUACUCCCCCCAGAGCCUUGACUCAGAGGCUGAGGGAUACGAGUCUAAACUCUACAAGUCUGGCAGCGAGUAUAACUUGCCCACGUUCAUGUCUCUGUACUCUCCUACUGAGAAGUCGUCGACAACUUCAACCACCACCACGCCUUCCAGCAGCAAGCCCCUGAAGAGUGCUGAGGAGGUGUAUGAGGAAAUGAUGAGGAAAGCAGAGUUGCUGCAGAAACAACAGAAACAGCAACAGCAGCAGCAACAAGGGAGACACAACAGUGCAUAUGAGGAUGACACGAAUGGCCAACAGUAUAAAGAUGAGUAUGAGUACGAGCAGGCUGAGACUAGUUAUGAAAACGAGGCGGCAGAGACAGGAGGCAUCUACGAAGAGAUCCGCCAGACCUCCCAAAACAUCACUAAGAUGCAUCAAUCCUCAGCCCUGGAGUUACAGCAGCAGGCAGACGAGCAGGUGGAAAUAGACGACAGUACCUAUCCAGAUAAGCAGCUUUUAGAUACAGGGUCGGCCUUCGCUAAGCUGCUUGAGCAGACCAAUGACCUGUUGACUCCUGGCAACAGCCCCACUCAGCUCUCUGCACCUGUGACUUUCUCUGAGGCUGGAGGAAGGAUCCCUGAUGUACGGGUGACACAACACUACUCCAAAGAUGUCCAUAAAGCCGGGAUGAAGAGCCAGACUUGUAAAAAUGGCAUUACUCCAGUGGCGGCCGCCACCACAAUUGCAGCCUACGGGGUUUAUUCCCGGGAUGCAGUGACCAUCCCUCACACAAGCGCUAGUCAAACGAUGACGACCACCCAAUCCAUCAUGUAUGGUCGACAAACUGGAGGACCUGCCACUUCAACCACAACCAUCUCAAAUGUGUGCAGCAAGAUAGCGGAGAUAACACAGGCUUACAGCCAGAGAGAGGUAGUUGCGAGGAGGGUGGGCGAGAGCCGAGGGGUCCAAGCUAGAGAGAGUGCGACAUCUUCAGAGCAUGUCAUAGUGCCCCACUCGACAAAGAUGUACUCGUACUACAAGAGCUCCAGCCCCCCUCUGUCUCCCUCUGCCUCGCCCACCGAGAGCCCAAGUCGCUCACCCUCCAGGAGGGCCGAGAUAUCCACUCAGACAUUCGGCCCAGGCAUAGGGGCUCUGUCAGCUGGCUCGGGGCCCACCUCCCCAGUGAUGGCCCAGGGGACACAGACAUCUCAAAGGGCCAUAUCCCCACGUCUCUUGAGACAGCAAUCCUCCCAGCAUGCCCCCUACAUGGUCGCAAGCUUGGAGCCCAUAAGCUCUGCCAAACCAAUGACAGUCAACACAGCCACGUCACCUUUAUCCUCACCCACCAGAUUCACCCGACAGUCGACAUUUGACAGCUACUCUCCACAGGCCAGUCCACCAGACACCCCUCCAUACCACCAGUCUCCUCAGCACAGCUUCUAUAGGAUGCAGAAGGUGGAGAAGGUCAGUGUUGGAACCAGCAUGGUCACCACAGCUAGCACCUACAGCCGUGGUUCCAUGUCUAUGGACAACAUCUCUCUCUGCAGGUUCUCCAGCAUCCUGGGGACCUCGAGUGUCGAACCGAGCCAGAUGAUCCAUGGUGGGAGUGUGGUGGAUCUGAGAACAGUAGAUCUGAGAACAACCACUAACGCAGCUCCCAUUUUAAUGACUGCCCAUGGCAUGGAUCUUACCUCCCUGGCCACAGAAACACGCAAAUACGCCAGCGGGAUUGAGGGGAGCCACCCCUCCACUAUCAUCCAGCCCCUCAUCAUGAACCUGAACACCCAGCAGCAGCCCCACGUAAUGGUAUCCACUGCAACCACGGUGGCCGCCUCCAUGUUCAUAUCGCAGACCCAACAGCCCAUGGUCUAUGGGGACCCUCUACAAAACAGAGUUGACCUCGGUCAGGGCAUGGGCUCAGCCAUGUGCCUGUCACAGAACAAACAACCUCCCACUGACCCAUCUAUCCCCAAGAUCGAUGCCAAGCUGGAGGACCUGAGCAUCCAGCAGCAGCAGCUUCUCCAGCAGCAGCAAAAGCUCCAACAGCAACAGCAGCUCUUGGAACAUCAGCUCCAGCAACACCACCAGAUGCAGCAGCAGUCCUCCGUAGCUCGGUUCAACCUACCAGGCCAGAUGACGCUGCUCAAGAAAGACCUUCUGGUCAGCCAAACCAGCAAUACCCCAGCCGUGGUCAGUACUAUAUCUCCUGCCGUUGCCCCUGAUAUCUAUGGCACUGGAGAUCCCCUGGAGCUGAAGAGCAAACCAACCCCGGCAGGUUUGAUGCACCUGGCUGGGGGUGGGCCUCAUGGCAUGAUGGUCCAAAUGGAUGGGGCCCCACAGGGAGGACCAGUGACCCAGCUGGUGAAGACAGAGGAGGGCCAGGAUGCCGUGGACCUCACAGGGGGGCAGAUCAAAGCUGAGAACCAACCAGCUUGCUGUGAUGUCGUGUACCGCCUCCCAUUUGGAGGCAGUUGCGUUGGCGGACCAUUUUCCCAAAAGCCAAAUGUUGAUGAGAAUGUGGCCACUCAAGAGCCAAGACCACACUCUGUGCCACCACUCUCUUAUGAGUCGGACCAGGAGGGCCAGUAUCAGGAGUUUUCUAUGGACGGGCAUAAAGCCUAUACAUUACCGUUCCCUGGCCGGCUACAGCCCUCGAUGUCUGACACCAACCUAGCAGAGGCCGGACUCCAGUCCUACCACUCCAAGAUGGACCCACACUUCCAGACCUCUGGAGAGCUGGCUGUGGACCUCAGCACCAUGAAACACACCUAUGAGGGUGGAUUCCUCGGACUGGGCAUGCAGUAUGGCUCCUACACUGACCUACGCCAUGGAGGUGAUAUCACUGCAACUGCCCUGCCCAUACGCAGAUUCAACUCCCUGUCAAACAUCAGCUCUGACUACGGCUACUCCCCCCGAGACCUCGCUAACUUCCAGGAGUCCAACCUGGCCCAGUACAGUGCCACCACUGCCAGAGAGAUCAGUCGAAUGUGCGCUGCCCUCAACUCAAUGGACCGCUAUGGGAGCAACCCAGAGCUUAUGCAAUACGGUGUAGGCAGAGGAACAGGUCCAGGUGGCAGGCUUAACUCUAUGAGACAAAAUAUGCUCUAUGGACCUGACGGGAAGCCAAUAUCUCACACCCAAGCGCUCACCAACAUGAUCAAUGCCAGGCAAGCCAGCCUCCGAGCCAUGUACCCGUCUGCCAUGAGGUCUGCUGAUGGAAUGACCUAUUCUACCAUCAACACACCCAUCGCCUCCACCUUGCCAAUCACUACCCAGCCUGCCUCAGUGCUGCGCCCACUAUUAAGUGGAGUGUACAGGCCAUUACCCACAGCCAAUAUGACACCUGUGCCUCUGGCCAGUCUCACUAGGAUGCCUGUGAACCCACGGAUGCCUAUGUCUGGCCAGGCCCCAUACCAUUAUCCGGCUCCCAACGUCUUCCCAUCUACGACGUCGACCCCUGUGAGCAUGCCUGCCGCCAUCAACACCACUCAGGAUGCCCCAAUCUUCCUAGGGAAGCCCUCUGUGACAUCAAGUGGAUCUGAUCCCCCGUAUCAAUCUCCUGUUGCCCAUACAUCAGCCUCAGUGAGCUUGCCUAAGGAGUCCGAGCAGCAGCCCAUAAACCUGACCCAGGCUCACCUCCACACUCAGGCCCCAGGGCAGCCCCAGGUCCAGCCUCAGAACCAACCCCCAGCUCAGCCACAGCACAUGCAAACUCAAUUCCACCCACAGGGCCAGCAUCCACCCCAGAGCCAGCCACCUCCGGCCCAUGCUUACCCCCCAACACAAAGCUACACUGGGCCCCAGAGCAGCACCCUGCCCCAUCACCCAACCCCACCCUCCAGCGGCCCUGUCAACCCGGAGACUGAGACUGAGGAGGAGAGGAUGCACCGCCAGCAGGAGCAGCUUCUGCAAAUGGAGCGGGAACGCGUGGAGUUGGAGAAGCUGCGUCAGCUGCGUCUGCAGGAGGAGCUGGAGAGAGAGCGCAUGGAGCUGCAGCGGCAUCGUGAGAAAGAGCAGAUGCUGGUGCACAGGGAGAUCCAGGAGCUGCAGACCAUCAAGGAGCAGGUCCUGCAGCAGCAGCAGGCUGAGAGGGAGAACCAGCUGGUGAUGCAGAAGGAGCAGUUGGCCCAGCAGAAAGCCCAGCUUGACCAGAUCCAGUCGCUGCAGCAGCAGCUCCAGCAGCAGCUCGAGGAGCAGAAGCGGCAAAAGACUGCUGCAGCUGCUGCUGCAGCCACCGCAGCCGCUCAGUUGGACCAGAGCGGCCAGAUGCUGAAGCCCUACGGAAACCAAAUGGGUUUCAGGUCCCUGCCCAACUCCUCCUCAGACAUGUGUCUAAGGAACAAUGAGGAGCAGAUGGAGACCAGGACCAACAUGAGAAAGCAGAACUCCACCUCCAUGCCCCGACUGAGGGAUGGAAUGGAGGGUGAGAGCGUUGAGUUCUACGGAGCCCGGAGGAUCGUGGACAGUUGUGUUCAGACAGACGAAGAGGACGGUGAGGAGAGGUACAUCAUGUCUAGGCGCAGACGCAACAGGCGCAGCGUGGACCGUAGCGUCCAAACCGACGACGACGAGGAGAAAGUGGAGUGGGAGCAACCUGUGAGACGCAGACGCUCACGCUUCUCCAGGCACUCGGAUCCCGGGGCCGACCACAAGACGGAUGCAGCCUCCAAGACGGCCACCUCAUCCAGCAUCGCCAUUCAGACCAUUCGAGACUGCUCCUGCCAGACCGAAACAGAACAGCUGGGGAAGGUGUCCCCGGCCAUCCACGUCACUUUGCCAGACCCGAACAAAGUGGAGAUCGUCCACUACAUCUCAGGCCCUGAAAGGACACAGAAAGGCCAAAGCCUAGCCUGCCAAACAGAUGUGGAGGCCCAGUCUCAGGGCGUGGUGGUGCCACAGCUCAGCGUGCCCACCACUAUCAACCCUUACUCCACAGGUAUCCAGCUGGUUGCCUCCGCCGACCCGCGGCAGCAGCAGAACAGGAGGAGGUCUGACCCCAUGGAGAUCAGCUACCAGACCCAGACCCAGCCGAUGAACCACCUCCACAACGAGUCCCUCUCCAGCCUGAUCUGUCAGCCCCCCAAGUCCCCCCAGGUGCUCUACUCCCCUGUGUCCCCCAUCUCCCCCCACCGCCUGCUGGAGACCUCCCUCUCCAGCGGCGGGCUGAACAAGGCCCAUGUCACUCCCCAGCAGAAGGCCUACACAGCCGAGUCACCCCAGCGCCUCCCCAGCAUGCCCCGCCCUAUUAAGAACACACAGAGGUCCAUGUCUGACCCCAAGUUGCUGAGCCUCACCACUGACGAGCACACUAAGGCCAGGCUAAACCUGUACCAGCAGCAAGCUCUUCAGAGCCAGCUUGCUGCCCUGCAGCAGAGCGCUCUGAGGAAGGUGAAGAGGACCCUGCCCAGCCCCCCUCCAGAUGAGAGCCACCUCCCCACCAUCACCCCGGCCCUGCCCGCUGUGCCCUCCCUGAGGGCCGGGUCCAGGCCAGGUCUGGCAGCCAAAGCCAGCCUGCUGAAGGACCUCACCCACGAACUGAAGGCAGUGGAGCAGGAGUCCACCAAGCUCCGCAAGCAGCAGCAGGAGCUGGAGGAGGAGGAGAAGGAGAUUGAUGCCAAGCUGCGCUACCUGGAGCUGGGCAUUCAUCAGCGCAAGGAAACCCUGGUGAAGGAGAGGGAGAGGAGGGAUAUGGCCUACCUGCGCUGCAUGGGCGACCCGCGAGACUACAUGUCAGACAGCGAGCUGAAUAACCUGCGGCUGGCGGCGGCGGUAGCGUCCUACGAGAGCAACGGGGUGCUGACCAGACCCAGCACAGCACCACUGAGCCAGUACACCAGUGACCUCAACACAGCCGCCCAGUUCCCUCCCAUCUCCUCCUUCGUCUCCUUCCAGUCAUACCAUCCCCAGAGCCAGCCAGCUCCAGCACCCCAACCUGGCACCCCUUACCAGACCGCAGCCUUCAACCAGCCCCCCUACCCUUCAGUGUCCCAGGCAGCAGCUCUUCCCCAGCCCAUCCCCCUGCAGACCCAACAUCUUCCCCCAUCCUACCAGACCCAGGGGUCCUUCCCCUCCCACACAUACCCCCAGAGCCAGCCCCCCUACCCGACAGAGCAGGGGGUGCAGCCACUGCUCCAGCAACAGCAACAGCCAAGCCACCAGGGGUUCCAGCCUGCCCAGCCUGGCCAACCUCCCUACCCCACCCACACCUCUCCAUACCCCAGCCAGCUGUCCUACCCAGCUGGCCCUAGCCAGACCACUCCCUACCAGCCCCAGGCAGACAUCCUCACUGUUCAUCAGAGACCCAGACAGACCUCUCUGGCUGACCUGGAGCACAAGAUGCCCACUAACUAUGAGGUCAUAAGCAACCCCACUGUAGUGGUGACCACCACAGCCCAAGAUGCCAUCUACUCCUCCUCCAGUGGGGCGCCCCCAUACGGACAGUAUACUGGUACCCCUAUGACCAACACUUAUGGGCCAUACUCUUCUACAGUCUCUAGUACCUAUGGCCAGUACACCACAACAGUUGCCAACACAUACGGGCAGCAGUACACUUCCACCCUGGCCAGUACGUACGGCCAGUAUACCACUACCACAGCUAACACCUACGGCUACACCAACACUACAGCCAGCUCCUACGGCCAGUACACCACCACAGUGGCCAACAGCUACGGCCACGGCACUCCAUCUGACCGUCUGCACUCGGUUGACAGCCCAUCCACCUAUGCACAGGACGGUCUCUACGGCCCAGCCAGCCUGGAGCAGAACAUCCCAAGGAACUACGUCAUGUGCGACGACAUCAGUGAGCUGACAAAGGACGGCCUGGGCGGCAUGGCGGCAGACAUGCAUCGAAGCGACGGUCAUGGUGGACGCUACAUGGGGGAGAGCGGCCCAGCGAGAGGAGGGAGUUCCUACGGCAGGCCGGAGGACGAGCUGAGCAGGGAGGAAGACCCAUACGACCACCAUGGCAGGGGUAAGAGCAGCUACCACCCACGAGGGUCAGAUACAUAUGGCCGAGUAGUGGGCAGCAGCAGCACUAGCAUGGGUGGGGGAUCAUCCUAUUACUAUGAUGACUACACCAAACACGGCGCACAGCGCACCGGGGUCCAGAAGCACGCCUCCAAGAUCCUGGCUCCGGCCGUCAUGUCCUCCAAGCGCAGCAAGCACCGCAAGCAAGGCAUGGAGCAGAAGAUCUCCAAGUUCUCCCCCAUCGAGGAGGCACGUGACGUGGAGGCUGACCUGGCCUCCUACACCAUGAGCACGUCUGGCGGUGGCAGCUGCACUGUAGUGUCCCGGGCCAGGAAGCUGCAGGACGACAUGGCCUACAGCCUGAGGAAGAGUGCCUAUGAGCAGAAGAGAUACUCCUAUCCCGAGGAGGACGAGCGCAUGUACUACACCUCGGGCCGUUCACGCUCCACAGGCUAUGGCAUGGACAAGAUCUCGUCCCGGGACUACGCCGGCUACCGCAGCCGCUCCUAUGAGAGAGAUGGGGACAGGGAUCGCUCUUCGUACAGGGCGGGAUACAGCCGGGGCAGACCCACCAUGCGCUCCCAGUAUUCGGAGGAGGAGAGCCUGCUGAGCUCCAUGGGUGUUCAUGUGCGGGCCUCCUCCCUGGGCCCAGAGCUGUACGACAGCCGUAGUAAUCAGUAUUAUGGCCAGUACGGCUCCAGCCACUCCCUGCCUGAUGUGCAGGACCACAUGAGAGACUUGCCCCGGACUCACGUCUACAAACCAGACGAUUCAUACAUUAUAGAAGAUAUGCAUUGCGCUGUUUCGGACAGCGAAGCCUACAAUCUUGGCCAAGAGGAGACAGACUGGUUUGAGAAGCCCAGGGACCCGCGCUCCGUCUCCCGUCACUACAGCAGUGGAGGCCACUCCUCGUCCGGCCGCAGCCGCCACGUCAAGCACACCUACCAUGACUACGACGAGCCCCCAGAGGAGGACCUGUGGCCCCAGGACGAGUAUGGCCAAGCCCGUCACUCCUCCUCCUCGCGGGACCACCGCCCUCAUGGCAGCAGCAGCUCCGGGAGACACUCCUCUACGUCCCGCCACUCGGACGAGCCUCGCUCCUCUCGCUCCUCCAAGGGCCAUCCCAAAGACCCGUCCAUGCGUCACGACUCCCGCCAGUUGUCCUCGUCGGGAAAGAGGGGCGACUCCCGCUCCCAGGGGGGGUAUCACUCGUCAGACUACUCCAGGGACCCGUCGGGCCACCACCACAGCCAGGGCCGCUCCUCCAAGUCCUCGUCCUCUCACGAUGGGCGGACUUCCUCCAGGAAGCAGCAGGACCUCCAGGGCCACCCUUCUUCUACCUCCAGGGGCCAGGGCAGCUCUGGACGUGGGCAGGGCUCCAACAGUGGGCCUCCAGGCUCCAGGGGACAGGGUCCUACCUCCCAGCAGGACGGGCUGCAGCCAGGUCAACGCACCCAGCUGCAGCAGCAGCCCCAGACCUCGGCGGCACGGCAGACAGGCACCAUCCCUGCAGGCACCACUCCUGGGGGCCAGCAGCCUCUGGGCCCGGGCCAAGCCCAGCAGGGUCUACAGGCGAAGCCUGGUCAGCUUGGUCCUGGUCAGGCCAGUCGCCAGCCACAGGCAGGAGGCACACUGGGGCAACUGCCACCAACUGUGGCACCUGUCGCAAACACACCCCCUGUGACUGCCAUAGGGGCCAAAGCUGUCAUAGGAGGGGCGGCCCAGCCUGCAAAAACACCUCAACCCCCACUCACAGGAAUAGGCUCCAAGGCCGCCCCUAGACCCGGUGGCAUUGGGAGCGCGACAGCGGGUCAACCUGGGAUGGAGGGGGAGAGUCUCCUCUCCAAGGUCCUACCAGGAAACCCUGCGGAGGCAGCAGGAAAACUAGGAGAAGCUAUCUCCGGUUUCGGCAAGAAGUUCACCUCGUUGUGGUGAGGUGUUGAGAUGAGGGUAUCUGUAAAUGUUAUGGAGGAUGACGUGAGGCUUCGUACCAGAAAAACCUAGGAAGACCCCCGCUUUGUUUUACUGUGAGAGAGAGAGGGGGAGGGAGGGAGAAAUACAGCGACCAAGAGAAGAUAUCUGAGCGCACUGCCAAUGAGGACAGGAAUCAAUGGAUGCUGCAUGUCCCAGGUCUACGCACACAAUGGGAGAGAAACCAUGCUGAUUUCUCUGGCCGGCCAGACAAACGGUUUGAGGCCCCCAGACUGCAAUGCCCCCAGCCAAAGAACAAGGACACUGACACCUGAGCCCCCCUGAACACCUAAGCCAUUGGAUUACAAGCCCUGAGGAUCCCUCCAAAGAGAGGCUAGCUGGAUAGAGAGCCUGAUCCCUGCCACUAUAUGGGUCUUCAUCACCGGGAUGUCACUCCUCCAGGACCAUCACCUCCCAAACAGCCUUCCUUUGGGGAAUGGGCUCUAUACUAAGGAAUACUCCACCCAGCUGCUCUGUAUGAGAAUGGGAAGGGACCACAGUACUGUGACCCCGCAACACGCUAAUGCUAUCCUCUCAUCUGUGGGCUGUUGUGCUGCUGCCUGCUGGGGUUCGUAACAGACAUGGCCGUGGUGGCAUGGUAGGAUCCUUGAUUCCAUAAACCUGUGCUCAGAUUAAAAACACACAGACACACUCUCCUCUCCUCUCCUCUCUGAACAAGAAAAGAGAAGAACAGGUUUUUCUGGUACUAAAGAUCUCCUGUUUAAUUUGGAUGCUGAUAACUUAGGAAAGAAGAAGAAAAGACAAUAAGGAUGACUAGGUUGACAGAAGCUAGGAGGAAGUCUCCACAGUUUGCUCAGUUUUUUUCUCUACAUUCCAGAAUGGAAAAAGGCCCCGUUUUUUUUAAUGCUGACUCGUUCGUUCCAUUUUUUCCCCUCUUGCGAUGUGUCUAAGAAGUGUAUUGUGGAUUUAGGAUUCGGAAAUGCAUGGACCUUUAUAUCCAAGACCUUACACUGUUCACCAUUUCAGUCACAGAGGCCAUAAGACAUUGGUUAAUAAUAAUAAUGAUAAAAAAUUUGAGUAAAAAUGUAUCCAAAAGAAGACGAGGGGGACACAACACUGAAUCUGGCCACAGGAUGGGAGAAUCAUCAUUCGGGAGGUUUCGAUUGCACCAUGAGAGCCGAAUGUGGCCAGGUUUGUUUUUUAGCCAUUGCAAAGCCAUUAAUAAGAAAAAACAUCCCCAGAACGUUUGGGUUCCUGGUGUUUCUGAACCUUCCCACAAUGUUUGGGUUCCUGGUGUUUCUGAACCUUCCCACAAUGUUUGGGUUCCUGGUGUUUCUGAACCUUCCCACAAUGUUUGGGUUCCUGGUGUUUCUGAACAUUCCCACAACGUUUGGGUUCCUGGUGUUUCUGAACCUUCCCACAAUGUUUGGGUUCCUGGUGUUUCUGAACCUUCCCACAAUGUUUGGGUUCCUGGUGUUUCUGAACAUUCCCACAACGUUUGGGUCUCUGGUGUUUUUUUUUUUACAACUCAGUUUUUUGUUCUCGUUCUGUAUUUGCCUGAUUUUCUGUUACAGGACAGUGGAUUCGCCUUAAUCAUUCCAUUCUUUUUUAUUUAGAGUAAAGUUACAUCUUAUUUUUUUACUCCAUGUUCUGUCCAUAAAGCUUAUUUUAAUUGCAGACUUUUUUAUGUAAUAAUGAUGUCUGCUGGAACACUGGCUGCGAGAUUAAUUUAUAUUUGGGAUUUUGUUUCACUUUUAAAUGUGUAAUCCUUUAUAUUGUGUAUUUUCUCAUACAUUUGUGUGUUUAUGGUGUCCAUAAUCAUUGAUUACGUGAUUUAUUUAUGAUGAUUAAUAAUGAAAAAGCAAUAGUAUGUGGAAGAAAGUCAGUAAAGAGCACAAUCUCGUGUCAUUUUACAAAUCGUUAGUCAGGAAUGUGUUGCCUCUGUGCGAUAUUCUGCUAUCACAUCUUAACAGGGCCACACCUGGGUUGUAUUCAUUAGGCACCAAACAAAAUUUAAAAAACUGACAAACAGGGAGGGACUACCUGACAUUGUCCAAUAAGAAAAGCUUGUUUUUGUUUUCCGUUGCAAAACGUAUUUCUACGGAGUGCUCUAAUAAAUACAACCUUGUAAAUCCAGUCUGAUAGUGUGGUACUGCCCAGUCAAGGCAUUUCACAUCUGCCCAUUAUAAUACAUGAGCACUGCAAGACAGCAGAGAGGCAAUGCAUACAAACCAGUAAAAUCACCAUUGUAUCUGACUUGAAGUAGUUUAGCAUUCUUUUGUUGACUGUCAUAAUCAUUGGGUUUUCAUGUUUUCUGGCUUACUACAGACUUUUAACAUCCAAAACACCAUCACAGGGAAAGAGAGACCCCUUACAGACAUGGAGUACAUAUUGGUUAUGUGUUUCAAACAGACUGAGGAUGUUAGGUUGGAGAGACACCUACUCUGCACACACUCACAUAUGGCUGCGGGCAACAGUGAUGUAUGAGUUAUGUGCGAGAUAGAAAAAGGUGUUUGGUGGAUUAGACACUGAAGUGUCAAAGAUACAGCACCUUCGGUUGUUUUUUUGUCUUUGUAUUUGCGACCAAACUGCAAACCCCAAAAUGUUGACUAAUGUCACGGAAACCUCUCAGGUCAGUGUUCUUCCUGCUGUUCUUUGCAGUGCAGCGUGUGGAGUAGUGUUACUGGUGAUACGCUCAGACGCUAGAAGCCUACUGAUGGGAGCCCAAACUUGAUGUAUAUUCUCUCUUUCUCUUUCUGUGGUUGCUGGAAUCAAGCAUGCUCUGGCAAAACCUCAGUAACAGUCACUUCUGUAUCGUUACGUUCCUGAUGUUUGUAUGUUUGUGAGUACUGUAUGCGUGUGUUUCUCACCAUCCUACUAAAAAACAAACCAUUAUCUGGCAAAUAAAACAAGUGUGUGGUCGACGGCAACUUUUACAUUUCAAACGUUCUAUGCAAUGAAUCAUAUUUGGGUGAAGUAAAAGAGGAAGAAACUGAAUACCACUAUCAUUGUCAUGGCUGAGACAAAUACUGCUUCCUUUUAGCAUUCCUGCUACAGAAAUAGAUUGACUUGUUUGUAAAUAGCUACAAUAUGUGUACGUCAGGAAUUUGAUUCAAUGUUUCUUUAAAUGAUUUUUAGUGGCAUGUUUCAGUCCCUUCACUGAAAAUUGGAACCGGUUGCCAACUGGUUAUCUACAUAGGCACCCUAAAAUGGCACACUAUUCCAAUUAGUGUACUAUAGGCUGGCUAUAGGGAAUAAGGUGCCAUUUUUCGAUGCAGAAUAGUGUCAAUAAAGUCUGCCAUCUUAUUGCUUCAAGCAUGGGUUGCUGGGCACAGCGAAUGGUCUUGUACGUACAGUGCUGAAGACCCCAUUUUUGUUGGACGGCCAUGGAUUCCAAUACUUGGCUGCUAGUUUGUGCACUUGUUAUUCCAUAGAAUAGAAUGAAGCAAAUUAUAUGAAGAGAUGAAAUAUAUAAUUUAUAUAAAUAUGUAAAACAAAUACUAUAUGAUAAAUAUAUAUAAGACAUAUUCGAAAAAUGACAGGCCCUUCUCAUGGUCGAAGGGAAUGACCUGGUGUGUGUACACUGCCACUACCUACUAACAUACUAUGAUAUUCAAGAAGUUUGAACGUUGAUGGGAGGCUGCUUGUUUCCUUCCAGUGAGCCCACCGAAAACCAUUGUAGGCUAUACCCACUCACCAUUCAUCUGGCUUGAAAGGCUUUAGUGUGAAAAUCCCUUAACCCACAACUCACUCAGUACAGUAACUGCUGUUUCAAGUAUGGGCGAUUAUUUCAAUGUAAAAAAGUGGAGUUAUUUUUAUAGCAUACUUUAAUGGAAUAUCUAUACACAAAUAUUAUUGUAUCAUACAGAUACAUUGGUACACUGGCAAAAUCCCUAUGAGGUUAAUGGAAUAGAAUGAUGAUCAGAACAAUAUUGUCCUGCUGUCACAAAGGCCUCCUUACAGUAGGUACGACUGGCAUGGAAAGCACCUCACAGGCCGUUAGAACAAACUAGCGACAGAUAAAGUCACUGUCAGUGACUGGAUGAUCAGAUAUGUAAAUGAGAUCGAGAUAAUAAUGAAGUUGUAAAAAAAGAAGAGAAUCAAUACUGAUCAAGAUCCAAUUAUGACUUGUUUAUGUUCGAAAUAGUUUGUAACUGUGUUCAAUCACUUUGCCUCAGGAAAGCACACACAAAAUGCACCGUGGUGAAAUGAAAUGGGACAUUAAUAUGCAUAGUAGUAAGGGCUUAUUAUUACAAUACUGGUCAAUCAAGAAAGCCAUCUUAUUACUGUCCCAUCCAGUCCUACAUCUACUCUGGAUGGGCUUUGGACCACAGCAUUUUGCCAGGGACAAAUAAAACCCCCAUGUCUUUUUUUUACGUCAACCAAAAAUUGUGCUAUUAAAGUAGCAUAGCAACUGCGACUAUCUGCCCUUGCUGUGGGUCCUUGUGGAUGGCUACGCACAGCGAACAACAACAGGACAUUACUAUGGAUGAACAUAAUAGGGUGACAGACAAGGGAACGCCGGAAAAAAAGCGACAAAAAAUCUUUCUCAACCAUCAGGGAGCAGUCAUCUUUCACCUGAGUGAAAAGUAACAAGUGCAUGAGCUAAUGCAGCAUAAAGCCUCUCCUUACAUCUGACAGGCAGGCAGACAUAUUCACUGUAAAUACCAGUCAGGGUCAUAGACUGCUCUGUACAACAUGUAAAUGUCAUACUAAACACUAUCACAGGCAUGGAAAGCCACGCAGGCUGACCUUGCCAAACUUGUGCUUUUGUGAAUAAAAAUGACAAAAAAAGCAUUGUGUAUGUGGCUGGCUUGUGCAGACUGUUUAAUUAAAAACAAAAAGUUGUAUUCGGAAACAUAUUGGUCUGUGUAGAGUUUCUAUACAUGUUGUGUUUGUAAAACGAGAAGAAAAAACACCUUCCUCAAAAGGGAUAUCCUGGCUUCCAUUAACUGGAUGGAGGUUUGUAAAAAAGAAAAUGUAAUUGAAAAAAGCAACAGAAAAUAAAGACAGAGACCCUAAAUGAAUAAGAUGUUACAUUCACUGUUGUAAGUGCAAUGAGCUAUACUUCAUGUAUCCAUUUGAAAACCUUGUGUAUGUUUCAGUGUAUUCCUGUAAACAGUUGUAGUAGACUUGGUGCAUCAUGUCAUGUAAUGUGAUGAAUGAAAUAAUGACCUUACAAUACAUUUCAAUCAGGAAAAGAAUAAAAGAGAAAUACAAAAAAAUACUGUUGUCUGUAGUAAUCUUUCUAGAAUUACAAGCAAUACAGUCAGAUCAUUAUAGUGAGCAUUCUAUAGCCCUGUUUAUGCCUGCCUCUUAACUUGCGUCCUUUGUCCUGAUUGUGCCCAUAUUUUCAGACGGUGUAGAUGAUUAAAAGCUGCAUUGUGAUCAGA